AUGGAAAAAAAUUCUGAUAUCUUAAGAGGAUUUACGAAACGUAAUAAGCCGACGAUAGAUUCGUUAUGGCAGGCAUUAACUGAAUCCCUUAAUGCUGCAGGUCCUCCACACAAACACGUAAACGGGUGGAAAAAGGUUAUAACUGAGUGGAAAAGCGAAAUCAAAAGAAAAUUAGCUCACAACAAAAUUGAGAGUCGAGCAACAGGAGGUGGUCCAUUUUCAAAAUAUCAGCUUACUCCAAACGAAGAAACCAUUGUGCGUCUUUGUGGCAUUUCGCAAACUAUAGAAGGCGUAUUAGGCGUUUCUCUUGGCACCCAACCCGUUAAUGAGAAUUUAAAUAUACCAAUUGCAGGGUGA